GACCCGUGCGCGCUCCCGCUCCAAACGAAAGAGCCGGAGGAACCUGAGAAAUCCCGCUCCAGCAGCAACAACCCCGCACCACGCUGCCAGCAGACGCCGCACAAAAGUAGGAGAAUGUCGGAAGAAAAGCCGAAGGAAGGGGUGAAGACAGAAAACGACCAUAUUAACCUGAAGGUGGCCGGCCAGGACGGAUCGGUGGUGCAGUUUAAAAUAAAGAGACAUACUCCGCUCAGCAAACUAAUGAAAGCGUACUGCGAGAGACAGGGUUUGUCAAUUCGCCAGAUAAGAUUUAGAUUUGAUGGGCAGCCAAUUAAUGAAACAGACACACCUGCACAGUUGGAGAUGGAGGAUGAGGACACAAUUGAUGUAUUUCAGCAACAAACAGGAGGAGUCUGUUAGGUGGCAUCUGGACUGUUAGGUCACUUUUUUUUUUUUACUUUUUCCCCCCCCUAUGUUUGACUUUUGUUUUCCUCAUUGAUUGGCUAAAUGUCAGGCUCCCACGACCUACGUUUGCCUGUUGUGGGCCAAAUCUCAACUCUCAGAUGCAGGUUAACUCUUUUAAACAGGUUAUUCAUGUAUGGAUGAUUUUUUUUUUUUUUUUUUUUUUUUUUUUUGUUGUUUAAAUUAUCCAAGGCAGGGACACUUCUUGAACCACGACAGUCUUUGGAUGCAAUGUCAACCUGCAUGCCUCAUAACUUAUAAGCUGAAUGACUUUGAUAUUUUUUUUUUCCUUGAAGUUUUUCAAAUUAUUGUAAGCAUUUGAAUUCACAAUAGGCUGAACAAUUUUAAUUGUCAUUUUUAGGAUUGUUUAUAUGGACUGCUCCCUUGGUCAUCUGUCCAUAGAUGAGACAUUUUGAUAUGCUGUUUUUUUUCUUUAUAUAAAGCAACAUUCAUAAAUACUUUGUCCAUUCCCCAUUUACUUUAAAUUUGCAAAGUGAUCAUUUAACAAAACAAUUUCUCUUAUGGCAGAUUUAACUGAAUGGUAAAUAAAAUACAAGGUUUCUGGACCAAAAAUGCUCUAAAAGGGUUCUUUUUUUUAUAGAAAUGUAGAUGUAAAAGUUACUGUGUAUUAGUGAUUCAUGCUAUUGCAGUGUGGACUUCCUUCUACAUGUGAAAAUGGAUUUCUUGACACACCAUAUCAGGAUCUUUUGUAGGUGUGUUCAAAAAAAAAAAAUCAACAACUUUCAGGUAAUCACCUACAUCUUAAAAGGUUGAAUAUUUCAGUGGCUGUAUCCAUACAGUUAUAAAUGCUGUGUUGCCAAUUUUUAAUACGUUUGUAAAAAGUCUAUGAAAUUGUCUACGUAUUUUUGUUCGCGGCUUGUGUGUCAGUAGAAAUUUUAACGUGGAUGUUCGCUGGUUUUCUGAAAAUGUAAACUUGUAGGACAUCGUGGUGACAUUGGCAUUUUUUUCUCUUUAUUUGUACGUUAUUUGUUGUCCCUAUUCUGUACAAUAAAUAUAGUUUGAUACCUCUUGAA